AUGACUUUAAAACAAUCAACAGACGAACACGUCUCAUCUAUCUAUCUAUCUAUCUAUCUAUUAGUGAAAAUGAACUAUUCAGUCUGUAGAUACAGAAAUGUAUCAAGUUUUUAUUUCUCUCUCAUAUACGUCUAUCUCUCUAUCUAUCUAUCUAUCUAUCUAUCUAUUCAAUCUAUCUAUCUAUCUAUCUAUCUAUCUAUCUAUCUAUCUAUCUAUUCAGUCUACCACAGAAACUUGUCUCAAGCCCUUUUUAUUUCUGUACUUGUCUGUAUAACUAACCAUAUCUAUCUGUUCGUUUCUAUUUAUCUAUCUAUAUCAUCGUAUCUAUCUAUCUAUUCAGUCUAUGAGAGAAACUUAUCUAUCUAUCUAUCUAUCUAUCCUAUUCAGUCUGUACCACAGAAACUUGUCUCAAGCCCCUUUUUAUUUCUGUACUCUGCACAUAUAACAAAGAUCUAUCUAUCUAUCUAUCUAUCUAUCUAUCUAUCUAUCUAUUCAGUCUGUACCACAGAAACUUGUAUCAAGCCCCUUUUUAUUUCUGUACUCUGCACAUAUAACAAAAGAUCUAUCUAUCUAUCUAUCUAUCUAUCUAUCUAUUCAGUCUGUACCACAGAAACUUGUAUCAAGCCCUUUUUAUUUCUGUACUCUGCACAUAUAACAAAGAUCUAUCUAUCUAUCUAUCUAUCUAUCUAUCUAUCUAUCUAUCUAUCUAUUCAGUCUGUACCACAGAAACUUGUCUCAAGCCCCUUUUUAUUUCAGUACUCUGCACAUAUAACAAAUCUAUCUAUCUAUCUAUCUAUCUAUCUAUCUAUCUAUCUAUCUAUCUAUCUAUUCAGUCUAUCUAUCUAUCUAUCUAUCUAUCUAUCUAUCUAUCUAUCUAUCUAUUCAGUCUGUACCACAGAAACUUGUCUCAAGCCCCUUUUUAUUUCAGUACUCUGCACAUAUAACAAAGAUCUAUCUAUCUAUCUAUCUAUCUAUCUAUCUAUCUAUCUAUCUAUUCAGUCUGUACCACAGAAACUUGUCUCAAGCCCCUUUUUAUUUCAGUACUCUGCACAUAUAACAAAGAUCUAUCUAUCUAUCUAUCUAUCUAUUCAGUCUGUACCACAGAAACUUGUCUCAAGCCCCUUUUUAUUUCUGUACUCUGCACAUAUAACAAAGAUCUAUCUAUCUAUCUAUCUAUCUAUCUAUCUAUCUAUCUAUCUAUCUAUUCAGUCUGUACCACAGAAACUUGUCUCAAGCCCCUUUUUAUUUCUGUACUCUGCACAUAUAACAAAGAUCUAUCUAUCUAUCUAUCUAUCUAUCUAUCUAUCUAUCUAUCUAUCUAUCUAUUCAGUCUGUACCACAGAAACUUGUAUCAAGCCCCUUUUUAUUUCUGUACUCUGCACAUAUAACAAAGAUCUAUCUAUCUAUCUAUCUAUCUAUCUAUCUAUCUAUUCAGUCUGUACCACAGAAACUUGUAUCAAGCCCCUUUUUAUUUCUGUACUCUGCACAUAUAACAAAGAUCUAUCUAUCUAUCUAUCUAUCUAUCUAUCUAUCUAUCUAUCUAUCUAUCAGGAUAUAUCUACGAGAUUUUGCAUACAUUUCAUAACUUCUUCUGCAUUAUCUAUCUAUCUAUCUAUCUAUCUAUCUAUCUAUCUAUCUAUCUAUCUAUCUAUCUGUCUAUCUAUCGAAGCCUUAACACGUCUCGUGACCCUUUCUAUUUCUGUGAUCUGCAUACAAAACAAGGAUUUAUCUAUCUAUCUAUCUAUCUAUCUAUCUAUCUAUCUAUCUAUCUAUCUAUCUAAGCCUAACAAAGAUCUAUCUAUCUAUCUAUCUAUCUAUCUAUCUAUCUAUCUAUCUAUCUAUUGA